AACGUCCAGCCUUGCGGCACCGCUGCUUGCCCAUCUCUCCCUCCCAUCUCUCUUAAGAGCGAACUCGUCCAAGGGUCGCUCUCACUCAUUUCUUUGUAUUUUCACCUCUGUAAAAGCUAGCCAAGAUGGUCAACUUCACCGUAGAUCAGAUUCGGGGCCUUAUGGACAAGCCCACCAACAUCCGUAACAUGAGUGUUAUCGCCCAUGUGGAUCACGGAAAGUCCACCCUUACGGACUCGCUUGUCUCUAAGGCCGGUAUCAUUGCCGCAAAAAAUGCUGGAGACAUGCGGUUUACGGAUACAAGAGAGGACGAAAAAGAGCGCGGUAUUACCAUCAAGUCGACGGCCAUUUCCAUGUACUUUGAGGUAGAUAAGGAGGAUCUCGCAUCGGUCAAGCAGAAAACGGAUGGUAACGAAUUCUUGAUUAACUUGAUCGACUCCCCGGGACACGUCGAUUUCUCCUCGGAGGUUACGGCUGCUCUCCGUGUUACUGACGGUGCUCUCGUUGUCGUCGACACAAUCGAGGGUGUCUGUGUCCAGACCGAGACCGUGCUCCGUCAAGCCCUGACAGAACGUAUCAAACCCGUUCUCGUCAUCAACAAGGUCGACCGGGCGCUCCUCGAGUUGCAGGUCGACAAGGAGGAGCUCUACCAGAACUUCCGCCGUGUCAUUGAGAACGUGAACGUCAUCAUCUCCACUUACAACGACGCUGCCCUUGGUGACGUUCAGGUCUACGCCGAGGCGGGUACCGUCGCUUUCGGUUCCGGUCUCCACGGAUGGGGGUUCACCCUCCGCCAGUUCGCCAACCGGUACGCGAAGAAGUUCGGCGUGGACAAGGAGAAGAUGAUGGGCAAGCUCUGGGGUGACAACUUCUUCAACCCUGCUACCCGCAAGUGGACGACGAAGCCCACUGAUGCUGAUGGCAAGCCUCUCGAGCGUGCCUUCAACAUGUUCGUCCUGGACCCCAUCUUCAAGAUCUUCGAUGCUGUCAUGAACUUCAAGAAGGACGCCAUUGGCCCGAUGCUCGAGAAGCUUGACGUUAAGCUCGCCUCGGACGAGCGUGAUCUCGAGGGCAAGCAGCUCUUGAAGGUGGUCAUGCGCAAGUUCUUGCCCGCUGGUGACUCCCUCUUGGAGAUGAUAGUCAUUAACCUCCCCUCCCCCGCGACUGCGCAACGUUACCGUGUGGAGACCCUGUACGAGGGUCCCAUGGACGACGAGUCUGCCAUCGGUAUCAGGGACUGCGACCCUAAGGGACCUCUUGUGCUGUACGUCUCCAAGAUGGUGCCCACGUCCGAUAAGGGUCGUUUCUACGCGUUCGGUCGUGUCUUCUCCGGUACUGUGCGUUCCGGCCCCAAGAUCCGUAUCCAGGGCCCCAACUACGUUCCCGGUAAGAAGGAGGACCUGUUUAUCAAGUCCGUUCAGCGUACCGUGUUGAUGAUGGGUCGCUACAUUGAGCCCAUCGAGGACUGCCCGGCUGGUAACAUCGUCGGUCUCGUCGGCAUUGACCAGUUCUUGCUCAAGAGCGGAACCCUCACCACCUCGGAGACUGCCCACAACAUGAAGGUCAUGAAGUUCUCCGUGUCCCCUGUCGUGCGGGUCGCCGUCGAGGUCAAGAACGCCGCUGAUCUGCCCAAGCUUGUCGAAGGUCUGAAGCGUUUGUCCAAGUCCGACCCCUGCGUCCAGACAUCCGUGUCUGAGACCGGUGAACACGUCGUCGCUGGUGCCGGUGAGCUGCACUUGGAGAUCUGCUUGAAGGAUUUGCAAGAAGACCAUGCUGGUGUUCCCCUCAAGAUCUCUGACCCCGUCGUCGGUUACCGUGAGACUGUCAAGGCCGAGUCUUCGAUUGUGGCCCUUUCCAAGUCGCAGAACAAGCACAACCGUCUCUUCGUGAAGGCUAUGCCCAUCGACGAGGAGCUUACCAAGGCCAUCGAAUCCGGCAAGGUCAGCGCCCGUGACGAUUACAAGGCUCGUGCUCGUGUACUCGCCGACGAGUUCGGAUGGGACGUCACCGAUGCCAGGAAGAUCUGGUGUUUCGGUCCCGAGACGACUGGUCCCAACUUGUUGGUUGAUGUCACCAAGGGUGUGCAGUACCUGAACGAGAUCAAGGACUCUUGUGUUGCCGGUUUCCAGUGGGCGACGAAGGAGGGUGUCUGCGCUGAGGAGAAUAUGCGCGGUAUCCGCUUCAACGUUAUGGAUGUCGUCCUUCACGCUGAUGCCAUCCACCGUGGUGGAGGACAGAUCAUUCCCACCACCCGCCGUGUAUGUUAUGCUGCUUGCUUGCUGGCCAACCCUGGUCUCCAGGAGCCUGUCUACCUUGUUGAGAUCCAGUGUCCCGAGAACGCCAUCGGUGGUAUCUACUCUUGCUUGAACAAGCGUCGUGGCCAGGUCUUCAGCGAGGAGCAGAGGCCAGGAACGCCCAUGUUCACGGUCAAGGCUUACCUUCCUGUUAUGGAGUCCUUCGGUUUCAACGGUGAGCUCCGGUCAGCAACGGGUGGACAGGCCUUCCCCCAGAGUGUGUUCGAUCACUGGGAGUUGAUGAACGGAUCUCCUCUCGAGAAGGGCAGCAAGCUCGAGGAACUUGUCCGCAACAUUCGUACCCGCAAGGGUCUCAAGCCCGAAAUUCCUUCUCUCGACACGUAUUACGACAAGUUGUAAACAUUGCCCAUGGGAGGGAGUGUACGUUCUUCAUGUUUUCUAGCGCCGGAAGGUUCUGUUACGUCACGGUAGUCUCUGAAUACGAAUGUUGUACUCUGACCAAGAUGAUUCAUUGCAUUUUUCUAUCGUCAUUUCGUAGAGUCUCGUCCUGUUGUUUGUCCGCUGCAGAAUGAGAUUGCUUCGUGCAUUCA